UCAUUUUCACUUGUCAACAAAUAUGGCUACCUCAAGAGAUCUUCAACAUGAGAUCAAGGAGGCAGGUGAGAUGGUGGAGUACUGGAAGAGCCAGCGGCUGUCGGACAACCAGCGGGGGUUGUUGGAUGCCGUACGGAAGAGAAACCUGGAGAAGGUGAACCGACUGCUUGGGAAGGGAACUGAUCCCAACUUCAAAGAUGAUUCCAAUGCGUACCUACUGCACAUCAUCACUGGGAUGAACCAGCAGCAAGGGGUGACAAAAGACAUCCUGUCAUCAGUACUGUUUUUUGGCGCUGACGUAGAUGUGAGAGACAGAUUUGGUCGCUCACCGCUGCACAUUGCAUCCCGAAGCUUUGCUGAUUAUGUCCAGGCGCUCUUGGCCAUCGGCUGCGACGUCAAUACUCAGGAUAAUGCUGGUCGAACAGCGCUGAUGGAAGCCUGCAGCAGUGACAGCACUGUAGCAUUGAAUAUUGUGCAGAUGUUGCUGGAUCACACCUGUAAUGCAUUACUCAAGGACGAAGAUGGGUUUACAGCGUUACACUGCAUCUGUAAGAACUCCAAGCAGGGAAUCGUGGUGAGGAGAGAGAUAGUCUAUAAGCUGCUGCUCGCUGGCACAUCGGCAAUAGUCAAAGACAAGAGUGGUAAGAUGCCAUUGUGUUAUGAGCUCGACAAGUUUGUCAACUGCUCCCGGAGAAGGUUCACCGAUGCAGAGUUUGAGGUGGUGAUAAGUCUCAUCCAAGCCGGUGCCAACUAUACACGAAGAAACAAGAUGCACGAACGAUGGGUGAAAUAUGCCAUCAAUUUCUCACAACCGACUUUCCUCAAGAAGCUCCUGGAGUUGAUGCAUCCGGUGCUGAGUCUCGCCUCUCUCAAACAUCUGCGGAGAAUGUGUCCCCUAAUUGGGAAUGACGACCAGGACAUCACCAAGGAUAUUCAGUUGUGGAUAACUAGCGUAUCAUCUUUGAAGUCUCAGUGUAGGAUCGUGAUCCGAAGUGAACUGAAGGGAGACAUCCUGCUGAAAUCAGAACUUCUUCCUCUUCCAACGUAUCUCAAGAAAUAUUUGGUUUUAUCAAAUUGACGAUUUUGGCCUUGUAAAUUCCUAAUAUAUUUCCAGAGAUACAGAGGAAAAGGGUUUGUUUGUUCGUUGUUUUACGCCGCACUCAGCAAUAUUCCAGCUGUAUGAUGGUGGUCUGUAAAUAAUUGAGUCAGGAUCAGACAAUCCAAUGAUUGACUUCAUGAACAUCGAUCUCUGCAAUUGGGUUAGCUGAGGUGCAUCAACACGUCAGCCAGCCUUGACCACCCGAUCCCGUUGGUGCCUCUUAUGACAAGCAUGAGUUGCUGAAGACCAAUUCUAUCCCAGAUUUUUACAGCUCAUAGGAAAGUAGUAUCGAGAGAAAUAUGAAGUGUGUUGAAGGAAAUAUGACUGCAUCACUUGAAAACAAAGCUCAUAUACUGGUACUACUCAUCUGUUGAUAAUGAUAAUCAGAUAUGACAGAUAUGUUUCAAUAUACACUUGACAUUAAGAGAAUUGGUUUUAUCAUAGAAAGAUAAAACAAUAUCCCUACUAAAAGGGGAGUAGUUUCUUUUGGAGAAAAUAUAGAAUAGUUUGUUCUGUUGUUCAAUCAAACAGCUUCGUGAAACUUGCAACUUAAACAUACAGACUCAUGUCUUUGGUCUGAUUUUUUUAACAUUAGCUGGGGGUAGGGUCCGUGACAUAUUAUGUGGUGACAUUGUGUGCAAGUGAUGUAUUAUAUAUACAAAACAAAAAUAGUCGUCUUGUUAACUUUGUAAGGGACUCUAAUGAAAUGAAUUAAUGGUUCUUUAACAUGUCAUGUUGUGACCAGUGAAAUCAGAACAUUCACCGAUAUUGUCCAUCACUGCAGUUUUCCUGUCAGUGUUGAGUCCUGUGUGGAUUCCAGGGUAGAAUUGUUGCCAAGCCACCUGUUAUGAUCAAGGCGACCAAAUGGAUGGAUGCUGAGACUCGGUGACCUGGUUGAUUGUGUGCUCUUGUACCGGACAGGUUUGAACACUGCUCAUAUCAAUCACUGGUUUGUCAGGUCCGAGCUUGAAGACUUAGUGACUGCCGUCUUACAGCUGGAAUAUCUCGACUGCUGCGUUAGGAUGAAAGCAAACGAUAAUUGCAGUUUUCCUGUGGUGAUAAAAGCAAUAUGACCAACAAGCGAGUUGUUUCCCUUUGUGAGACUCAAAGCUGCUGUAAAAAUAUAUUUUUGACUUGGUGCUGGAUAAGACCUACCACGAAUACUUCACGGUCUUGUGUGCAGUACAUUCCUCUUGGACAAUAUGCAGAGUCAAUGACGUGAAACAUCACCAAGUAUUGAACUGACAUUAAAAAGAUAUCCAUGUAUAAUCAAACUGUUAAAAUACCUUGUAUUUAGCCUAUACAUCUGCAGGAGCAAUCUCUCAAACAAGUGUUUGUGGUGACAGACUUGAGUUUAUGUGAUGGACGAUUAUUCCAUGGCUCAGUCCUGUUGUGUUGAAUAUAUUUGUGUAACAUUGUCGGCCGGUGUUGAUAAAAGCCAUUUACAUCAGCACUUAAGACUUACUGAUUUGACAAAUCUAUUGCUAAAGAGAGGGACGAAGCGUUGUGUUCACUUGGGAGAGGACGCCCAUAGAUUGUUACCGUCAAGUAUGUUAAUGACAUAUUAAAGAUGCUUCAAUUUUUGAAA